UUGAAGCAGGGAACCAGAAACUCCAGUUCCUAUUAUGAAAAUCUUGUAACUGUUUGCCAGGCACAAGAAAACAUCCAGCUUCCUCCUGCAGCCACAUUAUUGUCACAGAGAGCGAGGUGAACAGGAUCUGUGAGCUCCACAGGUGUGGUGUCACAAUGCAAAAGGGCCAGAAGCGCGCAGGCGGAAAUACAGUGUUCUACAGACAAGUCACAGAUGCGGCAGAAAUAAGAUCUGGAUACUUGUUUAAGUCUCCUCCCCAGAAGCGCUUGACGACAGAGAAAUCAUGGAAGAAGCGUUAUUUCGUCUUAUUCCAAUCCAGCGAGCAACAGCGUCACCUCAUGUACUUCAGGAGUCCAGCGGAAAAGCACCGGCCACUCGGCAGCAUAGACUUGUCAAGCAUCUCUCUGUUACACGUGAGCCCUCAAAAUCACCAGAGAUGGGCUUGGAUCCAGAAGAGCUUCAAGUGCUCCCCGUCCUGUGUGCUGUACAUCAGGGCUGCAGAACGGGACUACUUUCUAGUUGGAGAAAACAGCGAUGACGUGGACGGCUGGUUCUCUGACCUGUUUGAAGCCCUGAAAAACCGUCCGCAUAAAUUUCUCAGUACAGAGGAUCUGACACAGAAGCAGACAACAGUUGAGGUAAUAUCAAAACCCAUUAUGCGGAAAAAGAGUUCACCCGCUGUGCUCAAACAGUCAUCGCUGAAAGCACGUUCCUUUUCUGAUCCAUCCUCGAACGCCAUGGAUAGCGCUGUGGAAAAAACAAAGGAAGAAGAUCACAGUAAAAGACGUGCAUCCGAGCCUGUGAAUCCAAUCUAUGACUAUCCGAGAUCUUACGCGAGGCUGUUCAAGGCCAGAGAAAACGGCGAGGAGUCACUAUAUGAAACAAUGGAAUCUACCCACAACGAAGAAGUUGCUGAGGAAGUGGACUAUGGAGUCGAGGAGGUCCCCGCAGGCACCCUGAUGAGGUCAGUCAUUCAGGUCUUCGACAAAAGUAAGACCCAGAUUUCCCCCCUGUCUCCGCCUGCUGAGGAGGAAGCGUCUGAAGACAGAGAAGAAACACAGCCGUCUUCAGAUUUCAGCAGCAGCUCCAGUGACACGGGUGCCACCUCCCCUGCGGAGACGCUGGAGAGAAGAAGCGGGAACACAUUAGAGAAACAAGACUCCCGAGAGUGCCUCAACUCCAUGGAGAGAGAUAUUGAGGUGAAGCAGGCAGAUCUGAAAAAGCACCUUUCAGUAACAGAAGUGGACGGGAGACCGAGUGUGUCUGGAUGGACGGGGCAGCCGCAGUCGGUCUGCCUGUUCCACAAAGGAGAUCAAAUUCUGGCCAUUAAUGACUUGCACGCCAGCAGCGUGGAGGAGUUCAACAUGUACAUCAGCAAGUCGCUCAAGAAUGAGGUGAAAGUGACCAUCCUGCGGCGGCCCGGACACCCACCUCUGCAUUCGCCAAACUGCCCCUGCAGUGACCUGACUGCCUACUGAAGAGACGUUUGCCUCUUCUGCAUGUCUGCAUGUGUCAGAAUGACUCUUCGAUGGGGUUUGCACCAUGUAUCGACCACUUCAGACAGUAUUUCUUGAAGGACUUUGACUUUUUAUUGAUCUGUCACUUUACCAGUUUACUCCACUUUAAAGUCUCGAGGAGCUUAAAAUGAAGGUAAACAAUAAAAAUGAAGGAUGAAAACGAUUUUUUACUAAUCUAAUGCAUCAUGUUAUUCAUUAAGUAAAUCAACAGAUCACCUUUGUUAUAUUAGCCAAGCGCUCAGUGUGUGAUUUUUGUCCUGUGUGUAAUGUGUUCGCUGUAAAUGUGAUGCCUGUUCCCCAGAAGGAAACACUUUUAUUAAACUUAUUUCCUCAUACCGCCUGUAUGCUGCAUUGCGCCACAUCAUCGUCAUGACACAACAUGUUCUGAGACAAAUGUGUAUGCAAGAUAAAAAUUAAACAGACUGUGUUUAA